AUGGACGCCGAUCCCAAGCGCUGGCGCGUGGCCGCUGACGUUGUCUGUGAUGUGGGGGCGUUUCUUGAGUGCCUCUUUCCGCUCAUGCCGCAUCGCUUCCUGCUGCUCGCUGGGCUCGCCAAUGCUGGCAAGCAAGAUCCCAAGCGCUGGCACAUUGCUGCUGACGUUGUGUGUGAUGUGGGGGCCUUUCUUGAGUGCCUCUCCCCGCUCAUGCCCCACCGCUAUUUGUUGCUCGCUGGGCUCGCCAACGCAGGGAAGGGCCUGUCACUGGUGAUAGCUCGUGCCACGCGUCUGUCGCUGUAUGAUGCGUUUGCAAAGGAGGGCAACAUCAGCAGUCUGUACGCAAACGGCUUUAAGUGCACACCCCUCCUUCCCUCCACUCUCCCCACCACAGGGCCUCUCACUCGUAAUCGCACGAGCGACCCGCUUGCCGCUGGCCUAUCACUGGUGAUAGCUCGUGCCACGCGUCUGCCGCUGUACGAUGCAUUUGCAAAGGAGGGCAACAUCAGCGAUCUGUAUGCCAAGGGCGAGGCCAUCAGCGUCCUCUCCUCCCUCGCUGGCCUGGCCCUCGGCCUCAAACUCGCCUCCUCUGUCUGCCAGACAGCACAAGCUAAGGUAACUAUUUCCUGUCGACUCAUCUCUCCGCUCACCUCUCCCCACGGUGCCACCCACCUGCACCUACAGCUGGCAGCAGUGCCGGUGCUGGCGGCGGUGCAUCUGUGGUCGGUGACAGAGGAGAUGAGGGCCGUGCCAAUCAACACUCUCAACGCUCAGCGCACCAACGUUCUCAUCAACCACUUCCUCUCCGUGAGUCGCCGAGUGCUUUUAGUCACCCUCGCUGAAGCUGACUUUUGA